CAGUCCUUUAUCCGGAAGGUGGUCAUAUCAUGAAUACGAGAUGGCAAGGUCGCGCCGGUGAGGGCAGAGUACGGAGUACCUAGGUACGGAGUAGUGAUGCCCAGGUAUUUAAACACGCCCGGGCUACCCGCGAUGCGAAGCAACAUCAACACCCACCGCCAGCAGCAGUCUGGGUUAUAUGAGCCUUACGUGACCGUCUAAUAACUCACCAGUCCGUCGUCUGUCUUAUCCCCUGGGAGUUCCCCUGCUGCCGUCACAACCUCGGAAGUUCGCAUCAAGAUGCUGUCCCGAUACAUCGCGGUCGUGGCCCCCUUCCUCGCCGGCACAUGCCUGGCGCAGGAGUGUGCGUAUAGAGGCUGGGGCACCGGCGUGGAUAUCGGCUUCUACGGUGACCCAUUGUCGGCCACGCAGGCAGCCUGCAAUUCCCUUUGCAACGCCAACAGCGCGUGCUUGAGUUUCUCCUACAACACCGCCGGACCCAACUGCAUCCUGUACGACUAUGCCGUGGAGGGAAACGCCGUCUAUGACCCGGCAUCCCCCAAUAAUUUCUUCAACAGGGGGAAUGUGUGCCCAGCAAUCCCGACCCCGGCCCCGACAUCCACACAACCCAUCCCCACCGCGGCGCCGACGUGUACCGGAUAUCCCGGGUGGGACACCGGUGCCAACAUUGGAUUCUACCCGGAUGCCUACUCAGCCUCGUACGGCGGCUGCCUCGCCCUGUGCGACGCCAACGAGGCCUGCCUGAGCUUCGGCAUUCUUUCCACCCCUGCGUGCGCUCUCUACAACUACACGGUUGAGGGUAACGACGUCUACGACCCGAACUCGGCCAACACCUUCUACAACAAGGGCGGCGUCUGCCCCGCCACGCCCACCUCCACGGCUCCCCCCGUCCCCACCCAGACGGGACUCUUCCCAAACUGCCCGGCUGGCAUAGUACCGUACAACAUCAACACGGGUGCCACGCCUUACAGCCCUUGCAACUCGGCCUACCCGUAUUCCUCCUGCCAGUCUGAUGUCGACGGGACUGCGUACUGCAACUUGUGCCUCACCUGCACCACACAGACGUGUGCCACUGACGCUGACUGCGGGGAGGGAUACGCAUGCAUUGAGAACUCGGCGUGUGCUGUCGCCGGGGUGGCGACUGGUGCCCCUGUGUGUCUUUACAUGCUGGCUGGCGGUCCCGGCUGCUAUGCUUGAGCAUGCCCUGUUCAAGGGGAUAAAAAAUAGGUGUAGUCUCUAAUUAUGAAAGUAUUCAAACUCUG